AUGCUGGCUGAAACAUCUUCACCUCCACUUCCCCCAAGACCUAACUUGAGUGCUGCUUCUGUUCGCAGUAAUUCUUCAACCACUCAAGAGAGUGAAGUUCCAUCCAUUCCGCAUUUGAACAAUAAGAGUACUGAGAGCGAUCGAAUCCAAUUUCAAGCAGAUGAUUCUUUAUCUUUUAUAUCAGCUGUUAGACAGCUGGAGCUUUAUAAUCUGCCAGUCAUGAAUGAAGCCUUCCAUGGGGUGAUUAAUGAUCCAUCAUUUAAUCAGCAUUUAGUGAUACCGGAUUUGGAUGAGACAACGAAUGAGCAGGAGUCUGUUCAGUUUUGGAAUAGGAUAAUUCGCGACUACAGUAAUCAGUGGAUCAGGCGACGCGAGGUUGGCAGGUUGGAAACAGAAAUUUUAAAGGGGAUUCCUUCUGGGUUCAGGGCUCCAGUGUACUUGAAAACAUUACAAGUGAGAUACAAAUUCAAUCAAGACAACUCCUUUGGAGAGUUAUCGAAGCGAAGCAGCAAGUUAAAGGAGGAAAUUUUGAAGCUCAGUGACAAGCAAGAGAUUGUUGAGUUGGUGCUGCUUGUUUUCAAUGUAAUGGGAGACCUGGAAGCAAAUAUACUCUCUACAAAAGACGCCGCCGUUGAUAGGUACUUGAUAAGUCUUGCAGAGUUGCUCUCUACGGUAUCCGAACUUUCAGAGGAGAAAAGAUUGUUCAUUUUAAUCAAGCUUUGCAAGCUAUACUCAUCAGUCAAGCAGGAGGAGCUCGUGUAUAAAAUAAAUCGGUCACUUGAGGACAAAUUGGAAUCUUUUAAGCAUAUAACAAGUCAAGGCGUCAAUUGGUCUGCUUACUAUAAAAAGUUAAUACCAGAGUUGUUUUUUGGAAUGUUCGAUCUAGAUGUCAGUUUGAAGAUUUUAGAUUUAUUUGUGUUUGAGGGAUUCGACUUUUGUUUGCGGUUGAUAUUGAGGGCAUUUUUGCAAAACGAUACCAAACUUGGGUCAUUAUCAGGAGACAACCUACUAACCUUUCUCCAAUCGAAAGAAUUCUUUUCUGGGCCGUUCGACCUUCGCGAAGCUUUGGAACUUGAACCUCCAUUGAUUACUUAUGAAAAUGAAUUCUACUUGAUGGAAGCAAAUUCACUCAGCAAUAACAAAAACGAAUUGAGAAACUUGUCUGAAGUUCAUGAUGAGUUGUUGUUGAAGAUCAAUAACAUGAAGGUUCAAAUUGAAGAACUUCAAUCUACCCAUACGGAAAUAUCCCAACAAAGCGAAGAGUACAAUGUAAACUUGACGGAGGCUGAGGUCAAACGCAAAAACUUGAUUGAAGAGAAAGAGAAAUUACAGAAGAAGUAUGAGCAUCUCACGAUGAAGGAGAACUUGGCAAACACUAUUAAAGCCAAUGAAGAGUUUUCCCAAAGGAACCGCGAGUUGCAACAGCAGCUUGAGGCUUUGAAAAAGUCGAUAGAGGAUAAGAAACAUAAAAUAGCUAAAGCAAUGGUCAAUAGUCAGUAA